GCCGAAAGUGGUUUACCUCUUGAAAAUUGUCUGAUCCCCAAUUGUGGAUAUCCAAAUGUAGUCUAGGAACAAAUUCAAGAGCAGCGACAAAUUAUUUGAUUCGUAGUUUCGGCAAUAUGGUGAUGGAACUGUGGAAAAGGAGCUUAGGCCAAAGGCACAGGGGCCUCCAGCAUUUUCCACGUAUGGACUGAAAAUAUACCAAACUCUAGGUGGCAGGUCUGAGUGUUAUCACCCUUUUACAUACAAUCUACUGAGUUUUUCAGUACACCAUACCUACUUACUUGCUUUCCGUUUACUACUAAAAAGUAUGAAGCAACUUGGCAUGCGGUGGUUCAAAGUUACAUAGAUGGAAAGCAAAUAGAUUCAGUUCAGCCAGAUCCAAGAGCUCCACAGCAUAGGUCCAUCCGAGCACACACUGUGGCAUGGCUGAUGUUAAGCUUUAA